CAUGGUUUAUAAAGAUGCAAAUAAGUUGUGUUUUCUGUCUUGUUUGUUAGGUCAAUUUGUGCUCGAGUUCUUUGAGUUUCUACCCGAGUUGAAGUCCGAUAUGUUGUCUUCUGUUUUUAUGUUGGCCCAAUUCAUCAUUUUUUGAAAUAUUGUUUUUUAACCUUUUUUUAAUAUACUGUAUAUAAAUUAAGGAUCUUUUUAAAACUACUCAGUAUCUCUCUGGCUGGUAGGUGUUAAUCCCUCACACUAGUCAUACUUUCGCAUGACUAAUUUUAACUCUAAAAAUAUUUAUCUUUCUCUGAACUGGCAACUUCCUCAUGUUAAACUCAGUUUGGCAUUUCUCAUAUACUUCUGGUUUUGCUGCAGAUCAGAGAGUCUACAAAACGUUCAGCAUCUGUCAAAGCAAUGGAGGAAAUCUAUAUGAAUGUUGAUCCUGUGAAAACUGUCUGUCAAAUUCAUGUUAGAAAAAAUGAAGGUCCUGGCAGCUCUAAGAAGAGGCUCUAUGUGGGUGUUAUCAUCUCUCUGGGGCUUCUGAAUGUUUUCCUGCUGAUUAGACUCAUCAGCCUUGGUGUUUUCUACAUUCUGACUGAUCGUCUCCAGGACAGCAAUAACCAGCUUUCUGCAAUGAUUGAAGAAAGAGACCGUCUGAAUGCAACCCUCACAGAAAUGUCUAACGAGAUGAUCAGGCUUCAGAGUUUGUUGAAGAAAAAGAAAACCUGUCCUGCAGGAUGGAGGACGGUCGACUCUUCUUGUUAUUUCCUCUCUACAUCGUCUGGCUCCUGGAAUAAAGCCAGAGAAGACUGCAGGAACAGAGGAGGAGAUCUGGUGGUGAUAAAUGACGAUGAUGAACAGAAUUUUCUUUCUACAAUCACCAAUAAAGAACCAUGGAUUGGUUUGAAUGAUAUAGAAACUGAGGGAUCCUGGAAGUGGGUUGAUGACACUCCGCUGACUCAACUGCUUACCAAACACUGGGCACAUAAACAGCCUGAUAAUGGUGGUGGAGACCCACAGUGGGGGGAAGAGGACUGUGCACAAAGCCUGACUUAUAAGGUGUGGAAUGAUCGUAAAUGUUCUGAUUCUCUGCAGUGGAUCUGUGAAAAGGAUCCAGUCUAAAUUGGGAGUGUGUUAGGAAUUGCUUUACAGUUGAGACUAAGUUUAGCUUGCUGUGCUUUAUGCUUGACUGCAUUGUUGUCUGUGACUGGCCUCUGUGGUCUCUGUGAACGUCGACAUGAAGGCCUGAUUGUAGUGACUGCAACAACUGUGUGCACCAACACUGAAACUCCAAAGGGUGGCGCUAAACACCAAAUUGAUGUUUAAUAAUAAUAAUAAUAAUAAUAAUAAUAAUAAUAAUAAUGAUGAUGAAAAUCAGUGAACUCAUGAACAGAAG